GUGAAAAUGAGCAACAGAAGAUGGUGCCCAACUCCGGAGCAAGUGAUGGUGCUUGAGGAGCUGUACAGAAGAGGCCUCCGCACCCCCACCGCCCACCAGAUUCAGAAGAUCACCGCUCAUCUCUCUCUCUACGGCAACAUCCAGGGCAAAAGCGUCUUUUACUGGUUCCAGAACCACAAGGCCCGCGACCGCCAGAAACUCCGCAACAAACUCCUCUUCUACCAAACCCUCCAUUUCCAGGGUAACAGUGGGAUGAUGAUGCGGCAGACAAUACCAGAUCCCCCAAAAGAUUGGGUAAUGAUGCGAUCAUCGUACGGCCAUGAUUCCGUGAUGGUUAUGGACAAUCUGGGCCCCACUCCCACACUAAACCAGCCCCUCCAAACCCUACAACUCUUCCCACUCACUUCACCUGCUGCUGCAAAUCAUCCAUGAAAAUCAAACUGCAAUUGCUAAUUAGCUUUAUGAAUAUCUAAGAGUUGGUAAGACACAUGCAAAUCUCUCUCUAUAGUAGAUUUGAGUGCUUGUGUUGUUUUUCUGUUAUGUGUCUGUGGACUUCCCAAAUAUGCUGAAAUGUCCAACAGUUGCAUUGAGGAGUACUCCUCUUUACUGCUGGCCACUAUAGUCUCAUCUUCUGUUUAGUACUUUUCCCAAUUCAGAAUCUAUCAGAAUUUGCUGAAUCUCUCUCUUA